AACAAGCCAACAUUUCGGCCGCCCGGCGAUUCGUGUUGUGGACCCGUGUACCUGCAUCUCACCGUUCCGCGACUGCCGUCGAGCCGUUGCAGCAUUAUCCGACGAUUUCGAGUCGACGGACGCCGUGCCGACACGUCCUCAAGAGCCGGUCCUCGUCAGGUUUUGUUUCAUUUAUUAUUUUUUUUUUUUUUUUUUUUGCUUCCUCUCAUAUCCGCGGGACAUGGUUCUGAAGUAAUAUCGAUCUCACGACCGACGGAAUCGCGUGCGUUUUUCCACUCGUAUACGUGUGCGUCCGACUAGUGAGCUCCGUCGUCUGAACGCGUGCCGCCAUGCAGUACAUCAGGUAUACGAGGAACUUGUUCCUCCGAGGAAUCGCGGUGAUCUACUUGCAAGCGUUCAUCGCUCUCUACGUCCAAAAUUCCGGUAUAUUUGGAGAAAAUGGUAUACUACCAGCUAAAAAUACAUUGAUUAAUGAAAGUCCUAAGCUAUUAGAUAAAUUUAAUUCAAAACCUACGUUGUUAUGGAUGUCAUCAGAAAUUGGUUUGAAUGCUGAAUACAUGUUUGAUUUAAUCUGUCUGUUUGGAAUCAUUUUUGCAUUUUUAGGAUUUUUAACACAAAAAGCUUGCAACAAAUUUUUAUUUUUCACCCUCUGGAUCUUGUAUUUAUCAUUGUAUCAAGUUGGUCAAAUAUUCUUGUCUGAUUUAGCUGAUGAGCUUUUAUUAGAAGUGGGAUUACUAUGUAUACUGGUUGCUCCAUUGCCUUUUCAAAAACCAAAAGUUCCCCUAAAGAAACGUAAUUUACGCCUGCAAACUGCACUUGCAUCGCUUCCUCAUGAUUCAAUUGCUUUUUGGCUCGUAAGAUGGUUGCUAUUCAGGGUAGCAUUUUCUGCAGGUGUUUCUAAGAUGAAUUCAGGGGCACAGAGCUGGUAUGAUUUAACUGCUUUGUCAAAAUAUUUUGAAACUAUGCCACUGCCAAAUUUUAUUUCAUGGUAUUCACACUAUUUGCCGGCUUGGUUUUUAAAAACUUUUACUGUACUUGCAGAAAUUAAUGAUUUAUUUGUACCAUUGAUGUUUUUGGUACCUAUUAGAUCCAUUCAAAAAUUGGCAUAUUAUAUUCAGGUAUUCAUGCAACUUGGUAUUUUAGCAUCGGGAAAUUAUAGUUACUUUAAUCUUUUGUACCUAGUUCUUUGCUUAUCAUUGUUAGAUGACCAUACGUUUUAUAGAGAAUUAGCUCUUGCUAGAAGUCGACAGUGGUGUUCUACUGUAUUUACAAGACUUCUGACUAUUAAUGUGAUAACGUUACUCUUGGCUAUUUUUCCAAUGUUAUAUAAUUUCCAUAUAACCCCAGAAAAUACACCGGAUUUUAAAAUAGCAUUUACUCCAAAGUUAUUCAAUAUUUAUCUCUCAAUAUAUUUGCCAUAUAUUUCUUAUUUUGCAUUAGGGUCAUUUAUCUAUGAAUGUUUAACAUCUCUUUAUUCAUCUCUACCAUUAAAAAAUAAAACUAAUGGUUCUAUUUCAGCAUUUAUAACAUCAGCAUUUUAUGUUUCUGUAUGUUUGGGCAUAUUUACUUUGGGUUCAGUUAAUUUAUCAGGUCUUCAUCCAAGUGUUAACCAAACUAUCCCACGUGAUUUAAAAUUAUUCUACAAUAAAUUAGCUCCUUACAAAAUAAGUAACUCAUACGUUCUACCAAAUAAAUUAUUCAAUUUUGAAAAUCGUAAAGAAAUUAUAAUUCAAGGAGCUAGCGAUAUAAAGGGUCCUUGGUAUGAAUAUCAAUUUUUAUACAAGCCUGGGAAUGUGAAUGUUACACCACCAAUUAUCGUUCCAUACAAACCAUUACUUGAUCGGCAAUUGUUUUUUGCUGCUCACUCACUUCCAGCACAAAAUCCAUGGCUUUUGAG